AUGGCGCAGCUGGCCCGCUGGGCCCAGACCAGCAGGCCGCCCGCGCUCCUCUGGUUGUCCGGCUUCACCUCCCCGAAGGCGCUGCUGACCGCCGUGCUGCAGUCGUACGCUCGACAACACCAGCAGAAGCCCGUGGACUCGCUCUCCUGGGAGUUCACCGUGUCCACCGUGGACGACAGCCACCUGCUCCACCCGCCGCAGGACGGCGUGCUGGUGCGCGGGCUCUUCCUGCAGGGGGCAGCGUGGGACAGGAAGAACUCCUGUCUGGUGGAGGCCCAGCCCAUGCAGAUGUUCUGCCCGAUGCCCAGCGUCCACUUCAAACCCUCGGACAACCGCAAGAAGACCCCCAGGAGUGAGUCGGAGCUCCAGACGCUGCAGCCGGGCGCCGUCCUCCGCUGCUUUUCUCAUCUCUGACUCUGUUGCCGAGUUUCUUCGUCCAG